CUAUUUGUCAUCCCAUUUAGGCGGACUUUGAAGGCAAAUCCCGCUAUCAACUACACAUAGACAGAGGAGUGUGUGUGAUAGAGAGAGACAGACAGACAGCAAGAGCGAGUGAGAGAACGAAACGCGAAGCAUAAGAAUGUACGCUGGAGCAUAUGCACCCAACGCCGGCGGCGUGCAACAACAGCACACGGGCGGCUAUUAUGGCAACGGUGGUGGCGGCGCAGCUGCUGGCGGCGGCAAUGGACCACGUCACGAACGUCCCUAUUAUCCGCGCAACAAUUUCGCCGGCGCCGCUGGGAAUGCGGCCUCAUUGAAUGGCGCUGGCGGCGGUGCCGCUGCCGCUGCAGCCGCUGGUGGCAUGCACUUUGGCCAGCCAUACGGUGUGAUGACCUACGGCAUACAGAACAGCAUCAGCAUGGGCGCUGGCGGUAAUCCGUAUCGUGGCGGUGGCGGCGCCAAUGCUGCCAUGCAAAACGGCGCCUUUGCUGGCGCCAAUGGCAUCGCCUUCCAGGGUGGACCCCGGGCCAAGAAUCCCAAUUACGCUCAACGCUAUCAGAAGCCACACAAUGGCAUGGGCAACGGCGGCGGUGGCUAUCAAGGCGGUGGCAGUGCCAACUACAAUGCGGCCGCAUUGGGCAUGCUCUCCAAAGAGGAACGCGCCGAAUUGCAACGCGAGAAGGCCAAGAAUCCGGGACGCAAUCUGGUCAAGCCGCAUUGGGAGAACUUGCCGCCAUUCCAAAAGGAUUUCUACAUUAUGCAUCCCAAUAUGCAGAAUCGCAGCGAACAGGCUGUCGCCGAGAUGCGCCACGAACUCGAGAUUACGGUGUCGGGCAACGAGCUGCCACAUCCGGUGGCCAAUUUCGAGGAAUGCUCGUUGCCGCCGCACAUCAUCGACGAGAUGAAGCGUCAGGGUUUCACCAAACCCACCGCCAUCCAAUCCCAGGGCUGGCCAAUUGCGUUGAGCGGACGCGAUCUUGUGGGCAUCGCCCAAACCGGAUCGGGCAAGACAUUGGCCUACAUGCUGCCCGCCAUUGUGCACAUUGGCAACCAGCCGCCGAUAAUGCGCGGCGAUGGACCCAUCGCCUUGGUGUUGGCGCCCACACGUGAGCUGGCCCAACAGAUUCAGUCGGUGGUGCGGGAUUAUGGGCAUUUGUGCAAGCCCGAGAUACGUCACACUUGCAUCUUUGGCGGGUCAUCGAAGGUGCCGCAAGCACGCGACUUGGAGCGUGGCGUCGAGGUCAUAAUUGCCACACCGGGACGUCUGAUUGAUUUCCUCGAGAAUCGCAAUACGAAUUUGCAGCGUUGCACAUAUCUCGUCUUGGAUGAGGCCGAUCGCAUGCUCGACAUGGGCUUUGAGCCGCAAAUACGCAAGAUUAUCGAACAGAUUCGUCCGGAUCGUCAGGUUGUCAUGUGGUCGGCCACAUGGCCCAAGGAGGUGCAGGCACUGGCUGGCGAUUUCCUCAACGAUUACAUACAGAUCAACAUUGGCUCGAUGAAUCUGUCGGCCAAUCACAAUAUCCGACAGAUUGUCGAGAUUUGCAAUGAGAACGAGAAGCCGCAGCGCAUGGUGCGAUUGCUCAAGGAGAUUGCGCCGACCACGAACAAUGCGGCCAACAAUGGCAACAAAAUUAUCAUAUUUGUGGAAACCAAAAUUAAGGUGGAGGACAUCCUGCAGAUAAUUCGCAGCGAGGGCUACACAGCCACCUCCAUACACGGCGACAAGUCGCAGAGUGAACGCGAUUCGGUGCUGAAGGAUUUCCGGAAUGGUAAAUCAAACAUUUUGAUUGCCACCGAUGUGGCAUCGCGUGGCCUCGAUGUGGAGGAUCUGCAGUAUGUGAUUAACUACGAUUAUCCAAAUUCAUCCGAGAACUAUGUGCAUCGCAUUGGACGCACCGGACGCUGCCAGCAACUGGGCACCGCCUACACAUUCUUCACCCCCGACAAUGCCAAGCAGGCCCGUGAAUUGAUCUCCGUGCUCGAGGAGGCUGGCCAGACGCCAUCGCAGGCGCUGCUCGAUUUGGCCCGUGCCAUGCCCAAUUCGGCGAACUAUCGCGGCAACAAGCGUUGGAAUAACAAUGGCGGCAACGGUGGCGGCAAUGCCUCCGGUGUCUAUCAGCAGCGCAGCAAUCCGCUCAACUAUCAGGCCGGCGGCAAUGGCAAUGUUGGCGGCAACAAUGGCUACAACAAUCGCGCCAACUAUCAGCAGCAAUACGCUGCUGGCGGCAACAGUUAUCAGCCCAAUGGCGGCGCCGGCGGCGGCGGUGUUGGCAAUUGGAAUCGUGGCGGCGGCGCUGGCGCUGCACUCAAUCAACAAACGGGUCCCGAUGGCGGCAAUCGCAACGGCAAUGCCACCUAUCGCCCUCGGGCUCCCUUCAACAAUGGCGGACCACGUGCCAUCAUGGGACACAAUGGCGCAGGCGGCGCUGCUGGCGGUGCGGCUGGUGCCCACAAUGCUGGGCAACCGCAUUUGGGUCAACAGGGCGGCGCAUUCAUGCAACCGAACUAUCGUGGACGGCAAUUUGUGCCACCGAAUGCAGCAGCCGCUGGCAGUGGAAUGCCACGUUUCCAGCAGUAUCCCAAGCGUGACUAUCAACAGCAGCAGCAGCAGCAACAACAGCAGCAGCAACAGCCACAACAGCAGCAACAACAGCCGCCGCAACACUACACACAACAGCAGCAGCAGCAACAACAGCAGCAGCAGCAGCAACAGAAGCCAAAGCAUGCGAUGGUGGGCGAUGAUAAGACUUUCAAAGAGUAUGCACCGACUGUGGUCAGCACACCGCUUGUCCACUACACGCCAGCCAAUUCGCCACCGAUUGCCGCCGUCGCGGCAGCCGCAGCUGUGGCUGGCGGUGCUGGUCGGGCACCGGUUGCCGCCGCACCAGGUGCUGCCUAUAUGUAUGAUGCGGCCGGUGUGUUGACCACAACGGCGGCACCCGGCACCAAUCCGUAUGCCAGCCAAUUCAAUAUGCCGCCCGCCUAUUAUGCGGCUCAGCAUCAUCAAUUUGCACCCGCUGUGGCUGGUCCUGGACCCGGUGCUGCCAUCGAGCAGGCAGGACAGCAUUAAGUGCUGCAAAGAAAGAGAGGAACUUACUGCAACCAACUAUACUAAACAACAACAAACAACAGCAAAGAGAAGCAAGCACUACUCCACCCAGACAAAAACACACAAGAAAACCAUACACACACAAACAUUUUGACACGAAUGAAAUGUAGUAAACAUUGAAUCAAACGAGUUUACACAUUUGCCGCAUACGCUAAACAAACAAAAGAAAUCGAACACAAAAAUAACAAAAAUGAAACCCUGCAAUUUGUCUAUUAAACCAAUGAAUGCCAGGUGUAUGGGGUAAAUGAUGUAAGCUAGUGUGAUUCUUGGUCGAUCGGAUCCGGAUUCCAACAUCAAACAACAACAACAACAAUCAGAGCGUCUCAACAAGAACAGAACAACGCAACAACAAAUGGCAACUAUUAACGAUGAUAAAAACAAAUGAAAGAUUGAGAAAAAAAAGAGAACAUUUUUUGCACAAGUUUAACUCCGUUUUUAUUUAUAUCUCGAUGUGGAUAUAUGCACGCAUAGUUUCUCAUUUAUAUCUAUGAUUUUUCUGCUACACAAAACACACACACACAUAUACCAACACACAUUAUGCACUCAUAUAUUAUUAACACAUGGACAAAUUUGAGUUAUGCGCUUGGCGGCUGCAGCAGCAACAACAACAAAAACAAAACGGCAAUUUAACAACAAAUCGUUAGGGAAAAAAUCGAUUCCCGACAACUGCAGUCGACAACAAACACAACAACAUCUCGCUGGGUAAAUGAAACAACAUGAAAACAACAAGAACAACAACAACCACUACGACUAUAACUAGCAACAGGCAACAUCAACUAACUACAGUUACACAUUAUUAACUAAUAUAUAUAUAUAUAUAUAUAUCUACAUAGUUGUUAAGCAUUCUUUAGCGCGAACAGAAAUCGCAUGUUCUUCGAAUGUUUACAACUUAGUUCUUCUUAGUUUCUAAUCGAUUCAAUAUUAUUUUUUUUCGAGUGCUAAAUAUUAUCUUAAUAUAAACACAAACACACACGCAGAGGCACACACACUGAUCCUAUAGAUAUUUCGAGACAAUUUUGUUAAAAUUACGUUUAAGUGCUAUACAAACACACACCGUACACACUGCGUAUACAUAAUAAUAACAAAGCAACAACUACGAAAUCAAAUAUAUUCAGCAAUUUGUUAAACACACAUCUACACACAGAGUCCCACAAACACACACAUAUACACACACACACACACACGUACAAAAUUGUAAGAAAAAUGAGAAAAGAAAUUUUGUAAAACCUUUUCACUAACUUGGUUGGUAUGAAAUUAACGGUUUGCUUGUAUAAUAUAUUCAACAAAUUAUAAACGUGAACAAACAAUUCCAUAAUAACAAAACUAAACUAAAUAAUAUUUAUAAACUGAAUAAUAUACAAAAACACGCACACACACACAAAUACACAGACACACACACACAAUCAUACACUGAGAGAAAAAUGCAGCUAAUCGUGAAAGUGAACAAAAAUUGCUAAAUACCAAAACGAACUGAAAAACAAAAUCAAGUUGAAGUAAAACUGCAAACACUAAACACUAAAAAAAAAACACACAAAACAAAAAUAUUUAGAAAUUUGUAAACUUCAAAAAAUGAAAAGUAUCAUCGCCCCUCCCUCCUUCAGCGGGGUGUGGGGGGUUAUGAAAACAAAAAGCAGCGCUGCUUUGGUAGAAGUAUGUAAAAACGAAUCUGAAGAAAACCAUGAAAUAUGUAUUGGAACAAAACAAACGAAACACUUUAAAGUUCGAGUAAUAUAUAUAUAUAUCGUAUAUAUAGUUUAUUAUCAUUAUUUUUGUUUGUUUUUUUUUUUUUUAUAUAAUUUUCUUAUCUUGCAUAUCUUGAAGUUGAAACGCAAUCUAAUUUAUUUAUCUAUAUGUCUAUUCAAAAACAUAUAAAUAUAUAAUUAUGUGCAUUUUUUUUUUUUUUUUUUGAGUAGCUAAUUUCCUGUAGGCUUUAAUGGAAACUCUAAUAAGUACAUGCAAAACAUUUUUGAUCUAUGUAUAACUCUUUGAUAUAUAAUUCACAUUCGCAAAACAGAAAAAAAAAACAAAAACAUGAUGUAUUUUUCAAAAGUGCAAAUACUGGAAAAAAUCAAAUUUAACACAAAUUUAAUUUAACGAAAAUUAAAAGAAGUAAAACGGAAGAACAAAAAAAAAAAGAAAAAA